AUGCCUGACAUCUCGGUCCCUAUCGUCGGUCGCGAACACACAGGCGUCCACCCACGUCUUUCCAUAGAUGAACUGCAAAUUGAAACCAAACAGUUCGCUCUGUCCAUCCUGAGCUACCUCAUUAUCCAAUAUCGCAACGUCGGACUAGAGCCUCAGCCGGGGUGCAAUAUGACGGUGUACAGCGCCAUAUUCAGCGAGUUGUUGAUGUUUGGCGUCAAACCACCCGAACAGGCGUUAACCUUUGCUCGUAUUGCGGGCAUCCACGGGCUUCCGUAUGAGGAAUGGAAAGGCGAUCCUAGUCACGACGCGAAGGCCGAUUACGACGAAAACGAUCCAAAGGAUACGGAACCAAAGCCAUCACGGUUUGGUGGGUAUUGUAAUCACGGAAGUGUCCUCUUCCCAAGCUGGCAUCGUCCCUAUGUUAUGGCUCUUGAGGUAUGUACUGAAACAGCCUUGUCUUGGGUCCAGCUCAACAACCCACCACCAGCAAUCCAUAGGAGAAGUCGCAGUUGCCUUCGCGAAAGCUCUCGACUACACCGGUAUAUUCGCAGAAUAUGGGCAGAUACAGCCGCUGCCUUACGAUUCCCAUGGUGGGAUUGGGCUGAUAGCGACGUAGCACAGAACGGGUUGCCAACUGUUUUUUCUGACGACAGGCUCGUUCUGGAGUUCUACUCCGGAUGUGCGAUGGGGGUGUUUAAUCCGCUCUCUUUUUUCCCAUUCCAGUCUAUACCCAAGGGAUUUAAGGAUGUUACGAAUUCUGAUAACACUAUGACCGCCUAUUUCUCCCAAUGGAUGCGAACAAUUCGUUACGCUCCCAGUAGCCCCGAGAUUCAGGACAACGAUACUGCAGCGCUCAAUGCGGCCUUAAUACAAGAAGCCCCGACUCUAAGAAACCGAGUAGCGUCGUUGUUUACUUUGCCAGCGACGAAAAGUCCUCAAACGUCUGCUUCUCACACCUUUGAUGAAUUCUUAAACCACACCGUUCAAUCCACGAAUGAAUUACACUAUUAUACGUCUGACUCCCUCGAAGGAGUUCACGAUUCGAUGCACGACAUUCUGGGCGGAAAUGGUAAUAUGACAUAUCCAGACUAUGCUGGAUUCGAUCCUAUAUUCUUCCUCCAUCACUGCAACGUCGAUCGUCUUUACGCGCUCUGGGAAUAUGUGUAUCCAAAGGAAUGUUAUAUCGGACAAUGGAAUAACCCCGAGGAUCAAUCUGAUUAUUCAUUCACACAAAGCACCGGGACUUACAGCGGUUUGUGA